GUAUGGCUUCGUUUUAACCCCUCGCCAGUGUAAGCCGGCCAUCAUGGCGGUAGGCUUGUUGGUUUGUGCUGCCUGGUAUUAUACCAUCUUAGCUGGUUUUUAUAUACUUUAUUGCCCCGUUAUGUAUCUUAUGUUUCUCAAUCACAUAUUUUAUAGAAAAGUGGUAGACGCACUGUUUGCUUUAUGGGAGCUGUACCCAGUGGGAUUAUUUCAAAUUUUCUGUGGCACGAAACUUCAUCAUUACGGUGAUUAUGUCGAUCCAAAUGAAACUACUAUCAUUGUUAUGAAUCACCGUACAAGAGUUGAUUGGAAUUAUGUAUGGAUCGCCUUGUACCACGCAACGCAAAAGCCAUAUAAAAAUGUUGAAUGCAUUUGCAAGGGUAAAUUUGUCGAUAAACCGCCAGAUGUAAAUGAAGAUAUUCUACAUGUCAUGGCUGGAGGAAAAUCAAAGAUUAAAUUUGUUUUGAAAGACGAAAUCAAAGUGAUUCCCGGAAUGGGGUGGAUAAUGCAAUUAAACUACUUCCUCUACGUGAAGAGAAACUGGCAGGAGGACCAAGUGAACGUGUCACAGUUCGUGGAUUACUACAAAAGGCUCCGAUACCAUCAGCGGGUUGUUCUGUUUCCUGAAGGCACAGACUUGAGCGACGACAAUAAACGGAAAAGUCAGAAAUAUGCACUUUCGAAAAAAGUACCGAAUUAUGAUUACGUGUUGCAUCCACGUACAACUGGCUGGGCAGUGUUGUGUUCACGUAUGAGGAGUUCAGGGUUGGCGUCGGUCUAUGACGUCACUGUUGCUUACGACACACCGGCACAAACUGAACUGCAUCUGUUGAGAGGGAGAUUGCCCAAACAUGUGCAUUUCCAUUUUAAACGAUAUCCUAUAGAGGAAUUGCCUUGCGAAGAGGAUGAACUAAGAAUUUGGCUUCAAGAUCGAUGGAAGGAGAAAAAUAUUAGUCUGGAAAGAUUUCACCGAGAAGGUAGUUUCAUAGAUUUUGUAACGAAGAAUUCUCCAAAGAAGAACGAAUCUAAAUCGCUUCUAAAUGCAUUCGUAGGUUUCACUUUCUGGACAGUUAUUGAUGUCUUAUUCCUUUACUGCAUUUCGUACAGCGUGUUGUUCAGAUUUUGGGUUAUCUACCAUACUUUGCUAUUUAUUUUUGUAACAAAAUAUUUUGGCGGCUUUCAUAAUAUUCAAUAUAGAAUUUUGGAUAAAGUUAACUUCUAUGAAAAGUUCUUUUGAAUAAGAUUUAGAAAAGAUGAACUUGAAAAAACAAAAAAACAGAACAUCUAAGAAGGUCGGUAGAAAAACUGAGUUAAAUAUAAUUAAGCCAAUACAAAUUGUUUAGACAUAGAAAUAUAUUACUACAUACGCAUCUAGACAUUACACAACAUAAAAAUCUUUAUUACGAUAAUAAAUUAUAUAAGUUAUCGAAUAUCUACACAAAAUAAAAUAAUAUACGUAGCCAAUGACGGUAUAAAAAUUUAAAAGAUAAGUUAGUUUUAUUUCUCCCUAGAUAAUAGAUAACUAAGUAUUAUGCUAUGAAUUUAAAAUAUUAUACAAAGUGUAACAUAAUUAAAUCGCCAAAUAGAGACUAAAAUGUUA